GAUUGUGUUACAGUUGCACUGCAAGUGUACGACUUCCUAUGCUCUUGCAGUCCAAGACAUUCCGUGGCACCCGAUGCUCCUCAGCCGCACCGGAUAACAACAGAAAUAACAACAAUCACAAGAGAGACACCCCACAGGUUUUGAAAAUCGCUGUGAGCGGCGUCACUGAGCUUCUCAGGCUUCUCUCUUCCUUCAGCAAAACAACCAGACUGAAUGGAGUGAGUGAUAAAGGGAGAGAUGAGUUUUCAGUUUCGGGCAUUGAUGAAGUUUUAAUGAUUCUCAAAUCUGAUUACGAGAAUGCGUAUUUUGUUACAGGGAUUUUCACUUCUGCAAUCUACGCUGAAGAUUGUAUCUUUGAAGAUCCAACUAUCAGAUUUCGAGGUAAGGAGUUGUAUUCUCGCAACUUGAAAUUGCUUGUUCCUUUCUUUGAAUCUCCAUCAGUUGGAUUAGAAAAGAUCGAGAAGGGUAUCAAUACUGAAGCAAGUUUUGUGCUAGCAACAUGGAAACUCAGGACCUACCUGAAACUUCCGUGGAGGCCUCUCAUUAGCAUUGAUGGAAGCACGGUCUAUGACUUAGAUGAUAAGUUUAAAAUUGUAAGGCAUGCUGAGAGUUGGAAUGUCUCUGCAAUUGAGGCAAUUGGCCAGCUGUUCACGCCUAGUUAUGGAAGGUCCAAUGACUGAAUAUCGCAAGUCUUAGAAAUCUGAAGGAGCUUCAGGUUCAUUUUACAUUGGUUAGUGUUUCCUUCCAUUGCUAAAAUUAGACCUUACUUUUAGCAUAUUGUUUUCGGUAUUUCUGUGACUUGUGUACCAUUACCCUUUGUCCUUUGUGUAUAUAUAUUUUAGGACAUUUCCUAUUGAGAAGGGCGAUAAUAUACUAAACUCACACACACAACACAGAUGCUAAGACUCGAACCCAUGACCUUGCCUGGGGGAGCAAUUACUCCAAACUACUAUACUAGUUGGUCUUUUGCUUUGUGCUGUGUAUAUGGCUUUGAAGUUUACAGUUGCAUUUUAUUUACGUU